UUCCGACGGGCCGGUGGGCGGGCCUCGCGGGCUACUCAAGGCGCAGGUGCCAACGUGAGGGGAGUUGGAGUGGGGCAGAGGCGGCUGCUGCGGGACUCGGAAUGGGAACCCCAGCCAAGGGAGUUGGUGUCGUGGAGCUUAGGCAGGAUAAAACACAGUAGUCCCAGCCACGACCUAAGACUUGGCUUAGUCCAUGAGAACCGCCGUGAUCACAGCCUGGUUUUGUGGAACCUUUCUCAUAUGUGGAAGCUCAGUGUGAUGUUCGUGCUGGCAGAACUGAAUCGACAGGUCAUUUGAAGGUCUGAGGUCUGGCUACCUGAUCCUGGGAGUGGUUCAGUCCUUGUGAUGUAGAAGUUUUAGCAAAUCCAAGUCACCCAAAUCAGGGCAUCAGUUGAAGGUUCCAAGAGCAAACCAACUCCCAGAGCUAUGGCUGAAUGGGAAGCAUGAGGUGACCAGCUUGUGAUUUCUUAGGAGUCCCGUUUUUUCAGCCUCAGUGACCCCUGAGAAGACAGGAGCCUUGAUUUUCCCACUCUCAUCCGUGGCUUCUUCAUUUCUGGCCAUGUCAUACUGAGUUCUCCAGGCUCCCCUAAAGGAAUUCUGUUGAGACAUGAACAAAGGAGCUUGCCACCCCCAAAAUGGGGAAGAGAAAGAAGAUGGACAGGUGAUGAGAGCUUCCAGCGAGUCCUCUCUGCAAAUUGAUGAGCAAGACAGCUUCCUUCCAGCCAUCAGAUGUGUUCCUAUCUCAGCCCUGAAGUACCAGACCGUCCUCCAGGCUCUGACCAUGGAGGACAGUGGAUUGGAGCCGGCCGGUAGGUCUUCAUGCCAGCGCCAGGCAGACGUCAUGGUCUCUUUCAGGAUGAGGGCGAAUCUUAGUCUGGGAGACCCUAACUGGCCUUUCCCCGAACCCCUUAAAUUCCUUGUUGCUCGUGGUCCGCAGUGCGUCCUCGCCUGCAUCUGCUCCUUUUCUGCCUCUCUUGAUGUGCUGUGGUUUUUCUUCCCCCCUGAAAUGCUGGGGGCUCACAGGCGGCUCGAAGGGUCGAACCCUGGCACAGACCUCCGCGGGGCGGGCUUCCUCGCCCUCCUGCACCUGCUCUACCUGGUGAUGGACUCAAAGACCCUCCUGCUGGCUCACGAGAUCUUCCGGCUCUCCCAGCACCACACGCAGCACUUCCCCUUCUGCGUGAUGUCGGUGAACAUCACCCGGAUAGUGAUCCAGGCCCUCCGGGAAGAGUGUCUCUCCAGAGAAUGCAAUCGGCAGCACACGGUCAUCCCUGUGGUCAAUAGCCUGUACGCAGCCACCUUCCUCCGUCUGGCCCACGUCUGGAGGACGGAGCAGAAAACCAUUCUGGACUCCAGCUUUGUGCUUAAAGACCUGGAGGUCCUGGCCAAGAAGAACCCGAAGCAGCUGCUCCGGAACCUGGAGACCUACCUGACCCACGGGAUGAACGGGCUGGCCCCGCCGGGGCUGCCGGAGGCCCAGGACGAGCUCCCCUUCACCGGAAUCUGUGAGCUCCCCCUGGGCACGGCGGAGAGGAGGCCGGCCGUGUGACUGGACACGGCCUGCGAGGAGCUCGCUCAGGCCUAGACGGCCGGCCUCCUCUUCUAGAGGGAGUGACCCGGCCGGAGACAGGAAUGCAGCAGGCCCCCGGGCAGUCCGUAGGCCCCGCUGGGCCCCGUACGUGGGCAUCCCGGGGUGGAAGUGGCUCCUGUGUGCGGAGCAUCCCCAGGGCUCCCGGGCCCAGAGAGCGGGGGGCCGUGGGGCUCGGGAAGAGACGGGGUCCCUGUAAAAGCCCAGGCCGCCGGAGCUUCCCGGGCUCCGCGCAGCGGAUGGGGCAGGAGCCGAGGAGAAGUGACGGGAAGAGGAAAGGGAGCAGCGCCAGUCAGUGGCCCGGCCCAGCCAGGCUGUCACCCCUCCGCCGGGCAGGGACAAGUGGCCUCCCGCUUCCUGCCCCCCUUCUGUGCCACAAAACCAUCUUCACAGAUGGGGGCGGGGCAGGGGAAGGGCCGGCAUUCGCACCAGGUUUCAAAUAAAGGAUCGCCCGGCUCUUAGGA